AUGAUGUCAUUGGUGUUGUGGGGUUGCUCCAGCUUAUUAUUUAACGGGGGCUUCGUCAUGCUUUCCUCUUCCUCUUCACAGUCCUCACUACGAGCUCAAGUGGGCUCAACUCAAGACCAUCAUCAGCAAGAAGAACACACAUUCAAUACCAACUCAAUCCCCACCAAGGCAUCCUCCAUCUUCGCCAUCCAUCGCUCCCUCUUCCUCGAUCAGCAGCCUAACCAACACCCUUCCAAACAUGCCCAUUCCGAGACCGAUAACCCAACCCAUCCUCACUCUACCGAAGAGCCUACCGAGUCUGACAGCGAAUACCAUACCAGCACUCCCCCCCCUUCAGACCCUCACUCAGCAACCUCAUAUAUCAACAACUCACAUCCCACUCCAACCGAUACCCCCAACCAACCUCAUCAGCUAUCCACCAGUCUACCAGAUCUCACCCCCAGCUCACCCUCCUUCAAUCAGUCUCCUUCCACCCUAUCAAACAUGUCAAACACCCUCUGCCUCCGUACCCAAUCCCCAAAGUCGCGCUCCUCCCACAACCGACGUCACCAGCACGAUCACAACCUCGCCGCCAAGCGCAGCCAGAUCUUAUCCAGGAAACUCCAACAGGUCUUCCAGCUCCCCUCUGACGAGAAACUCCUGGCCGAAUAUCCUUCCUGGCUCUUCCGUUCGCUCCUCCUCAAGGGCUACGUCUAUCUGACCACCGCUCACGUCUGCUUCUACGCCUUCCUCAAGAGCAACGAAAGGGAAGUCGAUGAGGAGGGUGAAUCCAUCAAAGCCGGUAUCCUCACCCGCCGCCACUCUCGUAAACUCAACCAACGUCAAACCGUCAAGAGUUGGUUCAUCCUCAAGAAUACUAUCCUAUCCUGGUACCCAUCCAGCCAUGAAAUCUACUUCCCUACCGGUCAGAUCGACUUGCACUUCUGUACCAAGGUCGAACCAGCACCAGCCAACUCAAAACAUCCCAACCAAUUCAAACUCUUCGUCUCUGGCAAGGUCUACACCUUCUUCAGCGAUACACAACAAUCCAAGGAUGAAUGGGUCAAAUCACUCCAACAGACUAUCUUUGCCUGCCAGCACAACGGCCAGAAUGUCAAGAUCGCCAUCCCUCUCAGCUCGAUCGCCAGCAUCGAAAAGUGUGACUCGAUCCAAUUUGCUCAGACCGUCUGCAUCAAGAUCAAGGAGAAUGCCCCCGCAUUACCCUUCGCCCCAAACCGAAUCAGAUCACCUCAAGUCGUUCCAGAGGAGAUCGGCGAUAGCUCACUCGUCGAUUACUUCUUUGGUUUCCUACAAGACUCACAAACCCCUUACGAGCUACUCAGGGCUGCCCUCGAGCGCGUUGAAGCUUCCUCGUCCUCAGCUCUUCCUACCACCAUCUCUGAUCAACCACCCCCUGAAUCUUCUCUUACCACCUCCGCUGAUGCCCCCUCCCGAUCACGCACCCUCAGUCCCAUCAGGGAUUCUACUCGGUUCAGGGUUCCCAGUACCCCGCUACCAAGACUUGGGGACGAUUACUUUGCCACUUCGGCUCUCGGUCUCGUAUCUCGUUCUGGAAGUCAAACCCCGAUCUCAUCUGAUGCUCCGUCAAACCUUGCCUCUGAGGAACGCAAGACCAGCUUCAAAUUCACCGACAAGAUUAGCAAAAUCGCCAGUUCGGGUAACAAGUUUGUCGGCAGUCCCAUCAGACCAGCUUUCAACAAUACUGUCAAGGUACGCACACCCACUUCUGCCAACCCCAUUGGUCUUGGUCCUCGUCCUAUCGAUUCGCCUACCUGCUCAAGUACCCAGGACCCUAAGUCUCUCCCAAUGUCGUCUGCCUCGCCGUCAACUUCUGAAAGCCCUCCACAGGAGCAACUCCCAAGUCAAUCCUUCGGUUCCCCCCAGCUAGAUAAACUGAAUCGCUCAAGUACCGGCAAGAAUCCACUCGCCCAAUCCCAUACUUACCCUCCCAAGGAUCGUCGUUCUCAUUAUUCCACAUACAGCCCACGAGAAAGAUCGGAUUCGAGCACUCCAGUCUCCGCAUUGAAUUCACCCCGCCUGAAUCCUCAUGAAUCCCCUUCGGCUGACCCAAACAAGUCCUGGACCCUGCUCCCUGGUUGGCUCAAGAAUGUGCCCACCACGCUGAAUCCCAUCAAGCCUGCCAAAGAUGUGAUCAACUCGGCCAAGGGUUUAAUGACCUCCGCUCAAGACCCUUCCUCGUCUACCUCGACCGUCAACAAGAAGGAGCUACCGAGCCGAUCGCCCAGUGCCGAGAAACUAUCGGAUGAGGAGGGCACCAGCCGCUUAGAUCGAGGAGCUCAACUGACACAGAGAGAUCAGAUAAAGUUCCAGACCGAAUUCAACUUCCUGACCACAGGCGUGGUCUCGAAUUCGACUAACCCAGAAGGUCCGAUUCGCUUGUUACUCAAGACCAAGUGCAACCUCCUCAGGAGCGGCUCGUCGAUGUAUGGUCAGGUCUACCUCGCCAGCCCGGUCCCAGCCCAAUCCCUCAAACAGAAGACCGCUCGCAAGAGCUGUGUGUGUUUCAAGGGGCAGAAAUGGAUAAGCAGUGCGCCGGUUAAAAUGAUCUUACCCGUCGAGGCCCUCACCGCCGUCCGAGCCGAAGCCCUCAGGCUCUACCUCACCACUCAGAAGACCGACGUUUUAGCCGACCAGGGAGAACACAAGCACAAGGCCGAUGAUGGGCUUCAAGCUGAUAACCAUCAAGAGGAAGAAGAGGAAGAAGAUGGCGCAUCAUUGCCGAUCAUGUUCGAGUCAUCAAGCUCAUCGUUUUUGACCUUCAAGCCCAAGUCGAAGCUUCACAUCACCUGUCUGACGAUUGGCUCACGUGGAGACGUUCAGCCGUACAUAGCGCUGUGCCAAAAACUGCAGUUGGACGGACAUCGGUGUCGGAUCGCAUCACAUGGGGAGUACCGGAAAUGGGUGGAAGGCUAUGGGAUCGAGUAUGUGGAAAUCGGAGGCGACCCGGCAGAGCUGAUGAAGAUCUGUGUGGACAACGGGAUGUUCACGCUCGGGUUCCUCAAGGAAGCUUUCUCCAAGUUCCGCGGUUGGCUCGACGAGCUCCUCGUCUCCUCCUUCGAGGCCUGCCGAGGGACUGACCUCCUCAUCGAGUCCCCAUCCACCAUGGCUGGCAUCCACAUCGCCGAAGCUCUUCAGAUCCCUUACUUCAGAGCUUUCACCAUGCCUUGGACUCGCACUAAGGAAUACCCUCACGCCUUUGCCGUGCCUGACAGAAAGAUGGGAAGCGGAUACAACUACAUGACUGUUUUGGAAAGCGAUGUCCGGUCAGGUGAACAAGUGGAGGAAGAGAAGCUAGGCUUAAAGUCGACGACCUACGAGAAGUUGGAGGUACACAAGGUCCCAUUCCUCUACAACUUCAGUCCGAGCAUUGUUCCCGCGCCCCUGGAUUGGUACGAAUGGAUCCAUGUUACUGGCUAUUGGUUUAUCGAUGAAGACGACCCGAACAAAACUUCUCAACAAGCUCUUGCCAAAUCCGACGCCCUCAGUGAUUCUCUCAUCGACAACUUGACUUCCUCUCCUCCUGUCAUUAAACCCUCUCCGCAGAAAACUUCCUGGAAUCCUCCGCAAGAUUUAACCGCUUUCUUGGAUCGCGCCCACACUCAAAACAAGAAGGUAGUCUACAUUGGAUUCGGAUCUAUUGUCGUUCCUGACCCAGAAGCAAUGACCAAAGUGAUCAUUGAAUCGGUGAAAUCGGCGGGAGUGUAUGCGAUAGUUUCUAAAGGAUGGUCGGAGAGAUUGAGUGGUUCGGGAGGGAAGAAGGCCAAGCGAGCGGGUACUUCAGAAGAAGAGGGGGCGGAGGCAGAAGAUCAGUCGAUGAUAUACCACAUCAACUCGAUUCCACACGACUGGCUAUUCCCACGGAUCGAUGCGGUCUGUCAUCAUGGGGGAUCUGGAACGACGGGAGCCAGUCUACGUGCAGGGAUCCCAACGAUCAUCAAGCCGUUCUUUGGGGACCAGUUCUUCUGGGCCGAGCGCGUCGAAAGCCUUGGCAUCGGCGCCGGCCUUCGCAAACUCACCGUCAAAAACCUCUCUAACGCUCUCACCCUGGCUACCUCAGAUGCUACUCAAAUCUCUCGCGCUCGGAUCGUAGGUGAACUGAUCCGUGCCGAGAAUGGCGCUGCUAAGGCCGUCGAGUGCAUCUAUCGCGAUCUCGAUUACGCCCGGUCGCUGAUCAAGCGAAGGCCUACUCAACUCCCCGAGACCGCCCCCGCGACUGCUAAUGCUCCUGCCCAAAACGAGAGCCAGACAAACUCACUCAACGAGCAUUUGAGCACAGCCCCAGGUCCUUCAUCCUCGACGAACCUAGAACAAGCUGAGACGUCUGCGGCCGAAGGAGGGAAGAAAGAAACAUCCGAACAUGCUGGUGGAGACUCGGAGGUGAGGACUAUCCGACGGCCAGACCAGGAAGAGGCGGAAGACUCGGGCCAGGAAGCCAACGAGUCCAGUCUGUUACUCAUGUCCGCCCAUUCCUCCGUCUCCACUGACCACCGCCCCCCUCAACAAGACCUGCCUCCUAGUCAACACUCCUCCGACGACUUCUUCGAUUGUCCUCACCCUCCUCCCAGCUCUGAGAUGAUAUCCUCCGUCCGUCCCCCUUCUCCCCCUCCUCCUCCUUCUUCUUCUCAUUCUUCACUGAAGCGGAAAGACCCAAAGAACCAAAAAGAAGACGAAGGAAACCGACCGCAGGCCGUUGAUCAAUCUAACCAACACACCCUCAUGGCCCAGAAGAGCGACACGACUAUCGUCCCUAAACCUGCUCCACUCUCUCAUCCCGUUCAACACGAGGAUGCCCCUCCUGUCGGGCAAGACCCUCAGAAGGUUGGCCAGAUCAAUCCGUCUGACCAACCCAAGGGAAAGCAAACCUCUUCGGCCCUUGCCGAUGAUGAGCAUCAUCUCUCGUCUGACUUGUCGGACUCGUCCUCGUCUUCGUGGGACAUCCUCUCUCAACAAUCUAAGUCCGAUCCGGCUUCUGUCGCCGACUUAUCUACCUCGUUCGACCAGUUUUGA